GUAGGAGUACAUGACGUCAGGUUUCAAGGAUUUUCUUGUGUCAGUGGAGAUUUCUCUGUGAACGACAGAUAUAGAGGAAAACAGGUCAAAACGUUUGGAGAAAGAACAAGAAACCGUAACUCAUACCUAGACUGUAUUUUGUUCGUUGUACUAGUGUGAAAACAAAUGUAAUUAAAACAUAGUAAAGAAAAGCGGAAUUAUUAGAUUUUAGAAUUGAACGGACUUCGUAACUCAGGAUCAUUAUGUCUCGACCUGCACCUUUAUACACGUCUCAACAGAAAGCUACAAAUGUUUUCGAACAAACACACCAUGUUUCCAGAGCGAAACGAGGCCAGAUUAUGGGCCAACGGGGAGGAUUUCGUGGGUGCACGGUAUGGUUUACAGGUUUAUCAGGAGCUGGAAAGACUACAAUAUCUUUUGGAGUAGAAGAUUAUCUUUGCGCUCAGGGAAUUCCAACCUAUGCCCUAGACGGAGAUAACGUUCGCCAUGGUUUAAACAAAAACUUAGGUUUCAGCGCAGAAGAUCGAGAGGAAAAUAUCCGCCGAGUGGCUGAAGUGGCUAAACUGUUUGCUGACAGUGGUGUAGUAGCUCUAACCAGUUUUAUCAGUCCUUUUGCUAAGGAUCGAGAACAGGCACGUAUCAUACACAAAGAGUUAAGUCUUCCAUUUUACGAAUGUUUUGUUGACACUCCAAUCGAAAUAUGUGAAAAACGAGACGUUAAAGGGCUUUACAAGAAGGCCCGAGCCGGAAAAAUUAAAGCAUUCACGGGUAUUGACUCUUCCUAUGAACCACCAAGUAAGCCUGAACUUGUCAUUAAGGCCGGAGAUCUAACCAUUUAUGAAUGUGUUCAAAAGGUCAUCCACUUACUAAAGAACAAGGGGAUCAUCCCUGAGUCAGCAGUGGACACGGCUAAGGAAUUGUUCGUUCCAAAAGACCGACUAGAUGAGGUCAAGAAUGAGGCAAAAUCCCUGCCUCACGUAGAUAUAAACGUAUUAGAUGUGCAAUGGGUGCAAGUCUUGUCUGAGGGCUGGGCUACUCCAUUGCAGGGUUUCAUGAGAGAGCGGCAGUUUCUUCAAUGCAUGCAUUUUGGCUGCCUUUUUGAUGAAGGAACGACUAACCAAUCUAUUCCAAUUGUUCUGCCCAUAUCAAAUGAGGAUAAGAAGAGACUAUCCGAUUGCUCGGAUAUUACUUUAAGAUAUAAGGAUAAGAACAUCGCCAUUCUUCGGAAAGCCGAAAUCUACGAACACAGGAAAGAGGAACGUUGCUGUAGGCAGUUCGGAACCAAUAAUUCAGGCCAUCCUUAUGUCAAGAUGAUCAUGGAAAGCGGAGAUUGGUUGGUUGGAGGUGAAUUAGAUGUUCUAGAAAAAAUUCAGUGGAAUGACGGCUUAGAUGAAUAUAGGCUGACGCCCUUGGAGCUCCGGGCAAAAUUCAAAAAUAUGAGAGCAGACGCAGUGUUUGCUUUUCAGUUACGUAACCCAGUCCACAAUGGACAUGCUUUGUUAAUGCAGGAUACUGAAGAGAGGCUCUUGAAGCGAGGCUACAAAAAACCAGUUCUCCUUCUUCAUCCUCUAGGCGGUUGGACUAAGGAAGACGAUGUACCUUUAUCGGUCAGGAUGAAACAAUACAAAGCAGUAUUGAAUGAAGGCGUUCUUAAUCCAGAAAAUACAGUGUUGGCCAUCUUUCCCUCACCCAUGAUGUACGCAGGACCAACAGAGGUGCAAUGGCAUGCCAAAGCCAGAAUGUCCACUGGAGCCAACUUUUACAUUGUUGGACGAGAUCCUGCCGGAAUGCCUCAUCCUGAUACCAAGAAAGACUUGUAUGAGCCAACUCACGGCGGGAAGGUUUUGACUAUGGCUCCUGGCUUGACACAACUGGAAAUAAUUCCUUUCCGGGUUGCAGCCUAUGAUCAAGAACAACGUAAGAUGGCUUACUUUGACCCUGAAAGAGCGAACAAUUUUAUCUUUAUAUCUGGAACAAAAAUGCGUCAACUAGCUAGAAACAGUGAAGAUCCUCCAAAUGGCUUUAUGGCAUCUUCAGCAUGGAAAAUUCUGUCAGAGUACUACCAGUCUUCGGCUCAAAAAAACUAGCCUUAAAAGCAAUUACUCAAAAUUUAAAUUGUUAGAUCUUAAGAUACAAAGAUAAUGAACGCCGUACAAUUUUUAUCGGAUACAAUAAAUAUAUAUAAGGUGGACUAACAUGGAUUCUAAUAUAAAGGUGUUUACAAUAUCACGAUUAGAGUUUGAAAUACAGGCCAAUGAAACAUCAAUAAUAUUAAGAUAAACGUCUAUGUAAUCAUUAGAAAAAAAAAAAAACUUUUAAAAUGUGACUUAUGUUGUAUUUUUCUAACUGCAAUACAUGAUCUUCUUAUAGAUAAACUACUUGUUUUUUUAAUAACUUUCUCCUUAUAUUUAGCUUUUUGUUAUACAUUUCGUUUUAACGUAAUUAUCUAAGCGGAUAAAAACGUAUAUAAAAACCUGUAGUUUUGAU